AUGAAGAAGGUUUACAAUCCAGAGAAAGAAUCUUCUUUCUUUUAUGGACCAGCAGCAUACCUUAUGUUGUUGUAUGUGAAUACUUUCAAGUUUGAUCAUUUGCAAGUCACACGUAAACGUCCAACUGUUUUUUAUUGGACGUCAGAGAAGAUAAGGUUUCUUGAGGAUAUUUUACAAGAGAGUGGAGGAUUUGGAUGUGGACAUGUUAAUGAAGCAUAUGUUGAAGAAGAAUUUCAAGAAUCUGAGUAUAAUGAGGAGGAAUCUGGUGGUGAUGAGGAUGAAUCUGAUGAUUAUGGGAAUGAUUUUCUUAAUGAUGAUGAAAAUGUUGAAGAUUAUGAUCAAGGGAAAUGUUCUGGUGGUCAUGGGGGUGGAAGUGGUCCACAUGAGGGCAAUAUUGGUAAAGGUGAUGAUGUUGAUAAAAAUAAUGAUUUGUUGAGUGAGAAAGAAGAUGAAGAUGAUGAACAAGGAAAUGGAAGUGGAUGUAAUAAAGAAGAGGCCAUGAAUUUAAAUUUCGUUGUUGAAAAUGUUACUAAGAGUGUGGGUCUAAUUGAUAGCCAGGAAGGUGUAUCUUUUGGUCAAAUUAUUUGCGAUCCAAUUGUUGAAAGUUUUCUUAAAACUCUGGAUGAAGGUACUGAUGGUUGUAUAAAUCAUAAACAAGUUGAAGAUGAUGUGAAUGAGAAUUUGACUGGUUUUGAUGAUGGGACUGUAAAUUUGGGUGAGGAUGAUCAUAAGAAAAAAGUAAUUUCAGAUCAUACUGUUGAUAAAGUUAUUGUAGCAAAGAAGGAUGGAGAAGGUGAAGAUGUUGAAGUUCAUUUGGAUUUAGCGAAAGAAAUAGAAGAUUGUUCAAAUAAAAAUAAAGAUGGAGAAACUGUUGAAGAUAGUUCAAAUAAAAACAAGGAUUCAAAUGAGACUCAAUCAUUGAAAAAUUAA